UAACACUAUAUAUAUGAUGAGUUCCACACAACCUUUUCUCACACAAAAAAAAAUCUUAUCUAGUAUAUUUCAAAAUUUAUAUUUCUUCAUUGUGCAAUUAAGAUGGUGACAGUGAAUGAGAUACGGCAGGCACAGAGAGCCGAAGGCCCUGCCACUGUCUUCGCAAUAGGCACUGCAAAUCCUCAAAACUGUGUUGAUCAGAGUACAUAUCCUGACUUUUACUUCCGUAUCACAAACAGUGAACACAAAACUGAACUCAGAGAAAAAUUCCAGCGCAUGUGUGAUAAAUCUAUGAUUAAGAAGAGAUACAUGCAUUUGACUGAAGAGAUUUUGAAGGAGAAUCCUAGUUUAUGUGAGUAUAUGGCACCUUCGUUGGAUGCAAGACAGGAUAUGGUGGUUGUGGAAGUACCAAAGCUAGGAAAAGAGGCUGCAACAAAGGCUAUCAAGGAAUGGGGUCAACCUAAGUCAAAGAUUACUCAUCUAAUUUUUUGCACCACAAGUGGUGUGGAUAUGCCUGGUGCUGACUAUCAGCUCACAAAGCUCUUGGGUCUUCGCCCGUAUGUGAAGCGUUAUAUGAUGUAUCAACAAGGUUGUUUUGCUGGUGGGACGGUGCUUCGUUUGGCUAAAGAUUUGGCUGAAAACAACAAAGGCGCUCGUGUUUUGGUGGUUUGUUCGGAGAUCACUGCAGUUACUUUCCGUGGACCUAGUGAUACUCAUCUUGAUAGUCUUGUGGGGCAGGCAUUGUUUGGAGAUGGUGCAGCAGCUGUGAUUGUUGGUUCAGAUCCGUUGCCAGAAGUUGAGAAGCCUUUGUUUGAAUUGGUUUGGACUGCACAAACAAUCGUUCCAGAUAGUGAAGGAGCUAUUGAUGGUCACCUUCGAGAAGCAGGACUGACAUUCCAUCUCCUCAAGGAUGUUCCUGGCCUUGUCUCAAAGAACAUUGAGAAAGCUCUUGUUGAGGCAUUUCAGCCUUUGAAUAUCUCGGAUUACAAUUCCAUCUUUUGGAUCGCGCACCCAGGUGGACCAGCAAUUCUUGACCAAGUUGAACUCAAAUUAGGCUUAAAGCCAGAGAAAAUGCAAGCCACUCGACAUGUACUUAGCGAAUAUGGUAACAUGUCAAGUGCGUGUGUGCUAUUCAUCUUGGAUGAGAUGAGGAUGAAAUCAAAAGAAGACGGACUUGCCACAACCGGCGAGGGACUCGAAUGGGGUGUGCUUUUCGGUUUUGGUCCCGGACUCACAAUCGAGACUGUUGUGCUCCGUAGUGUGUCCACCUAAAUCCUCACAUCUUACUAAGUCAACAAAUUCUAUUUUCCCCCAAGCUCUUUACCUUUUCGCCCAAAAUCAAAUGUAUUCUUUCUUUCUUUGUAUUUCUGUUCCUCAUUGAUUACUUUCCACAUGUUUCCUAUGCCUAUAAUUAAUCACGAUUAUCACUGCGUGAUAUAAAUCUUUGAUUUUCUGUUAUCUGAUAAAAUCUUCAGAUACAAGGAAUGUAUAAAAUCUUCAGAUAUAAGGAAUGUAUCAACAAGAUUGACUCCUUUCAUUUCA